AUGAAAGAGGCACAAGAAGAGGUAAGAAGAGUCUAUGGAGACAGAGAAUAUGUAGAUGAAUCAGAACUACACCAAUUAAAAUAUGUGAGUGCUGUCGUCAAAGAAACCUUAAGGCUCCAUUUACCGGUGGCAUUGUUGGUUCCAAGAGAGAAUAGUGAGAGUUGUGAAAUCAAUGGAUAUGUGAUACCUCCUAAGACAAAAAUUAUCAUUAACGGUUGGGCCGUUGCAAGAGAUCCCAAGAAUUGGAAUGAUCCAGAGAUGUUUGAACCAAUGAGCUUUCUUGAUACAAUGGUUGAUUACAACUUCAAAGGUUCACAUUUUGAGUAUAUUCCAUUUGGUGCUGAGAGAAGAAUCUGUCCAGCGCCCACAUUUGUUACGCCUGUUUUAGAGUUAUUACUUUCCAAUUUACUUUAUCAUUUUGAUUGGAAGCUACCAAAGGGGAUGAGGCUUGAGGAAUUGGACAUGGAUGUCAUUUGGUGCUGUGAUAAGAAGGAAAAGUAA